UUGAGAGAGAAACAAGUUUUUUUUUAAAUUUUUCUCUUUAAUCUUUUUGAUUAAUCAAUUGUUUUACUUCGGAAAGUUAAUUGUUACUUUUUUGCUUAUGUUUUUUACCAUUGAUUAGUGUUUUAACAUAAUCGUUUUGUUUGUUUCCUUACACCAUGAGAAGAUGAAGAUACCAUAAUAUUAUUUGUUCAAUGCUCUUGGAUGGUGUUAACAAUCAAUAUCUUAUUGGAAACGGUUUUCCAUUUUAUUACAAACCGUUGGUAAUUUUAGUUUAUAUUGUUAACCAUUUAAUUUAAUUGGUUUAUUUCUUCUUCUCUAAAAUCCAUGUUAAAAUGAAUCUAUUGGGUUCUAGACAUCAGUUUAAUACUGAUUCUAAUUGUUUGAGAAAAAGUAUCCCUACCAAUAACAAUAUCAAUAUCAACAAUAAUAAUAAUGUUGAUGAUGUUAUUUUUAGUGAUAAUAAAUAUAAAUUUACUAGUGAUCAAGCUGUGAUACCCAAAGGAACCAUCACCGGUAAUAUUGAAAGUGAUAUCGUUAUGGUGACUUACACUUUUAACGGUAGUUCAACUAAUUCAUCAACAUCAACCUUAACAACGACAACAACAACUUCAACAAUUAAAGGUUCAAUCAGUGGUUCAACAUUACCAAUGAGAUUACGGAUAACCGGUGAUCAGUUGAUUCUUUUACGUAAAGAAAGUGAUAUUAUUGAUAAUGACGAUGAUGAUGAUGGUUUAUUGUCAAUCAAUAAUGUUAAUUCAAAUGAUUCUGGUUUUAUGAUUCAAUUUAAUUUAUCUAAAACUGGUACUGGAAUUGGUCGUCGUCAAAUUGAAGAGUAUCGAACAGUUAAAUUGGUUCGUGAGAAAUCAGUUGGUUUUGGAUUAAGUAUCAAAGGUGGAUGUGAACAUGGUUUACCAAUUUUAAUCUCUGGAUUAACUCGAGAAGGUCCUGCUGAUAGGAGUCGACAAUUGUUUAUCGGUGAUGCCAUUGUUAGGAUAGAUAAUGUUACCCUUUCAUUGACCACAACAACCCACGAGGAAGCAAUCAGAUUAUUGAAACAGGCUGGACAUGAGGUUAAUUUAACGGUAAAACAUUUCAAGAUGGUCUCACCUUUCCUAACCAAAUGUUGGAGAAAAAGAGAGACCUUGGAUAACGAGGCGGGAAACCUUAUGGCCUCAACCAUUACCACCACCACCACCGCCAAAAAUAAUAAUGGUACAACCAGUAGACAGGAAAAGGGGAAAAAACCUUUACAAGAUGAUUGUGAUUCGAAUAUAACCAAAACCAAUGUAAACGGAUCAUCUGGUAAACUUGGCUCAUCUUCAUCAUCCAAUGAUAGUGUUAAUAAUAAUAACAUUAAAAGCGAUAAUAAUAAUAAUUAUGGUAAAGAAAAGGGCAAAGUGAAAAAGGAGGUAAAUGUUAACCAUGAAAAAGAAUCAGAAAUUGACAAUUGGAUUCCAUUAAUAUCAAUUGACCUUGGAAACUGUUUCAUAACCAAAUAUAUUCAUGAUAGUGAUAAAAUCCGACCACAAAGUUUUGAGAUUAGAUGGUUAACCAAUUUUUAUGGACAUUCUAACCGUUCAAACUCAUGCUUUCCAUCAUCAUCAACAUCAUCCUCCUCUUCAUCUACUUCAUCAACCUCUGGAACAUCAUCUUCAUCUUCAUCUACAACCUCAUUAUCUACACCCAAAUCAACUGAUUCGGGUGUUGGUGUUGGCAUUAAAUGUGCCAGUAACAGUACAAUCACAUCUAUGGGAAAUUUCAAGGAACCAUCAUCUCUAAUUGGAGGUGGUGGUAGAUCGAGUAAAACUUAUUCCUCAGCCAUAGUCAUUUGUAAUAAUCAACAAAUUUACUCUCAAUUGUUUGCAAAUAUUGAGAAAAGUGUUAAAAGUGUGACAACCCAUCAAAUGGUCACAUUAAAUGAACAUUUACCUGUAAACGAUAAAAUCUUAUUCAUGGGCUGGAUUAAUCAAGGUUUACCAACGUCAUCAAGUGAACCACAUCGCCCCUGUUAUCAUUGGUAUACACGAUACCUUGUAAUUAAAGGUGGCGAUGCCCUAAUUUACAUUAAACCCCCUCAAGGUCUUUUAUUUACUCCAAAUGAUAAUAAUUCAUCUACCACUAAAACAACAACAACAACCCCAACCACCUCUUCCUCAUCCACCUCCUCAUCUUCCCACCCCUCUACCACUAAUACCAUUAGGUGGUCCGAGGGUCAACCUUACCUUUUCAAGGCUCAUCAAUCAGUAUUACGAUGUCUCAACCCAAAUGAAUAUGUCGAUGAGAGAGAAAAUUGUUUUCUUCUACUAUCUUGUGAUACAAAUUAUUCAUCAUCAGCUACAAAAUCACCUUUAACUUCAAAACACAAAACAUCAUCAUCAUCAUCAUCAACAACAACAACAGAUCAUCAUCCUGAUGGUGAGAAAUCUGAUCUGACAAAUAAUCCAAUUGUAACCGAGACAUCAAAUGAAUCAACAACAACGGCAACUGUUUGUUACUUUUCAGUUGAAACACCAAGUGAAUUAGCACUUAUUAGAAACAAUUGGAAUCGUGCAACUUACCAAUCUGUCACACAAUUAAGGAGUAAAUCAUUUCCUGUUACCUGUUCUGGUAAAUUAGGAAGCUUAAUAUUGGAUUAUCAAUAUGGAUUUAACUUUUCCGCUGCAACAACUGGUCAUCCAAGUGAACUUAAUAAUAACAAUAAACAACAUAACUGGUCAUUCAAAUUUUCACAAUUGAAAACCUCUUCCGAUGACGGAAGGUCCACCCUUUGGCUUUCCUUUCGUCUACCUGUGUUAUCAUCCUCAUCAUCUUCAACCUCUUCACCCUCCUCAUUAUCAACCUCAUCCCGGUACGAGAUUAAUAAGGAAAGAUUAAAACGAUUAACAACCAAUCCCAAUCAACAUCAUGAUAGAUCAUCAGAAACUUUAACACAUUCAUCAACUUCAUCGAUAACUGUUGCUUCCGAUAAUCCUAAUCUUCCAACAGCAUCUUCAUCAUCUUCAUCAGCUGGAUCACUUUUACCAUCAACUCUAAAUCAUCAUCAUCAACAAUCAGAAUCAAUUGGAAAACAAUUUACCAUUGAGACUCGGGAAAUUAAAACAAAUCAACUUCAACAUUUACUUUAUUGUAUCCAUGCAUUUUUAACGGCCAAAGUUAUUUCAGUUGAUCAAUCAUUUAUUUGUUAAUUGUUUCCUAUUCCUCUUCACCUCAAGUCAACAAUCAAUUUUAAUUAUUAUUAUUAUUGCAUAUAACUAAUCAUUAUUCAAGAAAAUUGACUUUCUCUGAUAAUUAUCUAUUGUCUACUGAGAUAAUUGAAAUUUUUGGUUAAUCCCACCUGAUUAACAAUUAAGAUUGUCUAACUUUUCAAGAAUUUACUUUGCCAUCACCAUUCAAAAACCAAAUCAAUUAACUAAUUACCCAAAUAAUUGUUUUUUUUUAUCUUCAUUUUCUUGUUAUAUUUUCUUCCCUUGUCUUUGUAUUUCAAUUGUAUCCAAUGGUGGUGAUUUAAAUUGAUUCAGUUGUUUGAUUGAACUUUACAAUCAAUCAAAUAACGAUGUAAAAUUUUUAUUCACACUUUUGUUUGUGUGUGAAUUUAAAUUGAUUGUUAUAGCAUUUAAAUUAUGGAUUAAAUUAAGACUAAUAAUAAUUAUCAACAUUCUUGAUAACCAACAA